GGGGACCCGCGGCCGAGCGGGGCCAUGCGGGGCCGGGCUCCGCUCCGCUCCCCGCCGCUCCUGCUCCCGUUCCCGUUCCUGUUCCCGUUCCUGCUGCUGGGCUCGGCGCGGGCCGCGGCCGCCGAAACUUCUCCCCAUUUGCCAGCUCCACAAAACGUGGAGAUUUAUUCCUACAACUUCCAGAGCUGGCUGAGGUGGUCUCCUGUGGCAGUGGAGAAUGGCUCAGUGCUGUACACAGCCCAUUACAAAUCAGGUUUCUUCGAGGAGUGGAGUGGGAUGGGCUGUGCCCACACCCCCCAGACCCAGUGUGGGUUCCCCCCCGAGGUGGGGCGGCGCUGGACGGUGCAGCUGCGGGUCAGGGCUGAGCUGGGCAACCUCACCUCAGCCUGGGUGCUCACCCCUGCCUUCGUGCCAGAGGCAAACACCACUCUGGGUCCCCCCAGGGUGAACAGUGUCAGUGCCAGCCCUGAGUCCCUGCUCAUCAGCCUCAGCCCCCCCUUCCCCCCCGAGCACGGGGACCUGCUCCAGUUCCUCGUGUCCUACUGGGAGGACUCCUCCAGUCCUGCAGCCAAGCAGAGGCUCAGUGUAACUGAGACACUAUUCCAGAUUGGAAACCUGAAGGAAUCCACAGUUUACUGCUUCAGUGUCCAGGUGCAGCUGAAGAUCUUCUCAGGUCACCUGCAGGGAGAGCAGAGUGCCCCAGAGUGUCACAGGACUGCCCUCAGUGAGGCCACCCGGGCUGGGUACAUCAGUGCCCUGUUCCUCGUGGCGCUGCUGUUUGUCAAUCUGCUGGCAGCUGCUCUGCUGCUCCUGUGGAAACACCGCCAAAAACUGAAAUACUGGGCUCAGCCCCCUCUGCAGAUCCCAGCCCACUUCCAGGAGUUCCUGAGGGACCCUGCCCUGGAGGAGCUGUACAUUCCUGCUGAGGAGGAGCCCCAGGCCGUGCUGGUGGCAGAAGGGAGUGCCCUGGAGGGUGAAGGAUCCUUCCCCCAGCUCCUGCAGGGCCAGGGCAGCCACUGAGGCCACCCAGUGAGUGUCACCUGGGCCAGCUCUGGCCAUGGCUGCUCCCAUGGGGGGGCUGCUGGCAGCAAAAUCCUGGGCAUGGAGCCUGGGAUCACAGGGAAAUCCUGAACACAUCCUGGGAGCACAGGGAAAUCCUGAACACAUCCUGGGAUCACAGGAAGGAAAAUCCUGAACAAUCCUGAGAUCACAGGAAGGAAAAUCCUGAACACAUCCUAGGAUCACAGGAAAGAAAAUCCUGAGCAAUCCUGAGAUCACAGGACAGUCCUGAACAUUUCUCCUGGGAUCACAAGACAACCUUUAACACCAGUCCUGGGAUCACAGGACAAUCCUGAACACAUCCUGGGAUCACAGGAAGGAAAAUCCUGAACAAUCCUGAGAUCACAGGACAGCCCUGAACGUGUCCCCUGGGAUCACAGGACAAUACUGAUCCUGAACACCAAUCCUGGGAUCACAGGACAAUCUUCAACACCAACCCUGAGAUCACAGGACAGUCCUGAAUAUGUCUCCUGGGAUCACAAGAUAAUCUUUAACACCAAUCCUGGGAUCAUAGGACAAUCCUGAUCCUGAACACCAACCCUGGGAUCACAGGACAAUCCUGAACACAGAGCUUGGGAUCACAGGAUAAUCCUGAACUGGAUCACAGGAAAGAAAAUC